AUGGAAGAAGAAGAGUACAUUAGAACAAGGAUUUCAUCAAGAACAUGGUGUGAUCUAUAUCCAGAGCUUUUAAGUGAAAUAGCAGAGAGUUUAGGAAUAAUUGAUCUUCUUGGCUUUCGCGGAGUCUGCAGAGAUUGGCGUUCUGCUUCCUUCACAGCUUCAGCCUCUAUUGAAUCAACGUCUCUUAACUCAAAGCUCUGUUUCCUUCUUCAUAAUGAUCGCGAUGAGAACACUAUCCUGUUUAAUCCAACCACCAACAAGAGUUAUACCAUCAAUAUCCCCGAGUUGAAAGAAGCAACUUGCCUUGCAUCAACUCAAGGUUGGCUACUCAUAUCGCAAAGAGGUAACAUUUUCUUCUUCUGCCCUUUCUCUCGCGUCAAAAUUGACCUCCCACCUAUUCAAGGACUAGAAAACACUCCCGCGGUUGCUGCAUUUUCUUCACCUCCUUCCUCAACGGAUUGUGUUACCGCUAUCAUUUACAAGAAAAAUGAUGAUAUUGUUGAGGUAAAUGUGCUACAACGCGGAGCUAGCAUGUGGAUUAAGCAUGAUUAUGAUCUCAAGUUUUAUCAAAAGAGUUUUGGUGAUGCUAAAUGUGCUACUUUUCAACAAGGGUGUCUCUAUAUGAUGGAUGGUUUUAAGAAGUUGUUGACAUUCACAUUGGAAGAUAAAAGGUUUGAGAUGUUCAUAAUAGUUGACCAUACUACUAAUAGGGAUCAAAAUAUGGAAACCUUGUCAUUUAGGUACAAGGACAAACAUUUUAGUAGAAGUAAUUUGAAAAAACAGAUGAAUCUUGGUGAUGAUGUUACUAUUACUACUUGUGGUGCUACUUAUUUUGGAAGGGAUGUAGAAGUUUUGAUCCACAAUGAAAACAUUGAGGCAAUGGAAGGAACAAAUGCUCAACAUUUUAAAGGAAUUUGGAUUCAGCCUAGAUACUUUCAACUCCCUCCAAAUUAUAGUUGGUGACUUUGUGGUUUUCAUCUAGUUAGUUAUAUCAAUUUCUGUUUCUUUUAUUUUUUUGGAGUAUAGUGGACAGUUUACUUUUGAUUAUUUCUAUAAAAAUUGAUUAAAUUCUUACCUAGCUCCUAACCAUUUUCUAUUAAGGGUAUAUUGGAGAAAAUAAUGUAAAAAAAAUAGUGAAAUUUUCUGUCAAAUAAAAUUAGAUACAAAAUAUGUAAAAUAACAUUAUCAGAUACAUGUCAUUAUAUCGGAUAUAAAACAAGAUUAAAGUUUUUGAAACUGAGACACAUAUAGAAGAAAUUAUGUUUAAUUCUUCUCCCCCUUUGUACCUUUGUCACCGUCUACGAAUCCAUAAAAUUCAUGGCAUCGA